AUGGCGGCUGCGAUCGCGGCGUCUCUCUCGAUACCGGAUGCGUCGGGAGCACAGGAGCAACCACAAGCGGAGCAGGAGACCGAGUCACAGGGGGACUACCGGUUCCCUGAUGGACUUCGGUCUGCGCCAUCACCUCCGGCCCCGGUUCAGCGGAACGAUACCGACUUUUCGCAGUCGUAUCAGCCACAAUAUCAGCAGCAGUCACAGCAGCAGAAUCUGCAGCCUGGUAUACCGAUCUCUCCCGGCUCCGCCCGCGCCAGGAUCUACGCGCGGAGAAAUGAGCGGGAGAAGCGGGCCUCUAUGCUCAGCCAGGCGAAUUCAUCACAAUACCAACCUCCACUACCCCCAGCCCCACUCCAGGCGGGCGCCAUUCCUCAGCGGUCCUCGUCAAAGUACACCCCGCCCAACUCUGCUCAUUCGAGCGAGGGGCAAGGGUAUGGACCGCGCAGUACUCGCGAUGCUCGAAAGACACCGCCUGCCGGUGCAGCCCGAGAUACUGCGCCCCGCGCCAAACACUCCCCCUCUUCCUCCCACGAUAUCCUCAAACACUUUGCUCCGCGCGACUUUUCACAUCUACCCCCGUCCCCCAGUAGCGCCAGUAUCAACCAAUUCCUCAAAGCCUCUUCGUCCAUCAACAACUUUUCCUCCGUCACCUCUCCGGGAGUGAAGACGCCACCGGCAACGUCCAUGUCGGGCGGAUACUUUCCUACUUCACCUGGCGGUCCGCCUAUGCCUAUGCCGGUCGCUCAGCCCACGCCGCAGAAGGGUGGGGUCCAGCGGUCCGAUAGCCAGCGGAGCCAGAAGCUGAAGAAUCUGGCGGCUGGUCGAGGCCAGAAGGAGGGGUGGGAGAUGGAUGCAGAGACUGCGGAGGCGAUGCGGAAGCUUGAUGGGCUGGGCGGGACGCCAGGGCGGAGCAAGAGCGCGGGGAAAAGCAAGUUGUCGAGCGGCCCGCCGAGACCUGCGACGCCGCCGACGGUGCGGAAGGAAGAAAAGGGCAAGGGGACGAUGAUGCCGCCGCAGGACAGGCGCUUGACAGAGAAGUCGAGCUAUGGGAGUCUGAGGGGAGCCGCGCUCAGUGAUGCCGGUUCACCUCUGACCGACUGGGCUCAGCUUGGCGCGGAAGAAGCUGCGCCUAGCUCGUUUGGCAGCCGGAGCAAAACCGUCAAUGGCGCUCCGGUCAGUCAGCUCGAACGACCGCAUGUCCCUGUCGAACCAAGGGAAUCUUCAUCCUCGCCGAGCUUUGUCGGGACGCCAACAUCGCGCGACUCGCUGCAGACCUCAGUCACGACUCCCCCAUCGACAGCAGGCGUUCGUGAAGGCAAAGGGAGACGUGCUAGCGGAGGGAGCGAGGCGUCAAUGGACAAUGGGCCGGGCGCGAACGGGUCAUAUGAAAAGGUUGGGGAGGUGACGGUGCCGCCCGUCCCGCCAUUGCCCAAGGGGUACUUCUCGAUGCGGCAGGGUCUGGCUCAGGCAGCUGCAGCCCCCGCGCCCAGCUACGUCCCGCUGCAGGACGCGCAGACCGACCAGGUCUCACCGGUCGGUACACCGCCUUCAGACCCCGCUCGGCCAAAACCAAACAAAAAGUGGUCAUUCUCCUCGGCCAUGUCGCUAAAGCUCAACAAGGACGCUGGUAGUCCAUCGCAAGCUACUCCUUCCCCUCCUGACACACGGUCAAAAUCUAGCAACACCUCCGUCGGGACACUCGCUCCUCCUCUAUCGGCCCUACCACGAUACCCCAGCACAUCUUCCAACAAACGCCUCACUCCCUCCGGUAUCCCAUUCUUCCGCCGAACCUCAUCUUCCUCCCUCCAGCCGUCGGCGUCUACCAGUGCUGUGCCUGAUGCGCCAAAGACGUCAAUGCCGCCUCCUAGCAAAAUUCCGACUGCUCCGGCCUCGAACACGAGGAAGAGCAUGCUGGGUAUGCACCUUCCAAGUAUGCUGCGAGGUUCAACGAGCAAGCGGCACUUGUCUCAGCAGCUGGAGACUCAGCCGGAGAACAAGGAGGUGGUGGAGAUCAGGGCGGAGCUACCUGAGAAGGCGGCAACGACAGGGUGGAAAGGAAGGCAUCGGGGAAAUACCAUGUCAAUCUCCGGACCUCUCCAGCCAAGGAAGACUUCGCUCGCACCGGACCACUACCAGACGUCGAACGACAAGAAUUCGUUUUCCAAGAAUCAGGCUUCUAUCGAUGGCUCGCUCGGUCAACGUCAAGGCAGCUCCACCACGCCUAGCGAGGCCACUCAGUAUGGCUCGCAGACCCUCCGACCCAGCCGCUCUGGCUAUCCCACCACGUCCAAUACUCCCUCCAUCCGCGCCGUUCCAUCUUCGGGCUCUCUGCGGGCUGGGGAAAAUCGCGCACCUCCCAGCUCCACCCCGACCAAGAUCCCCCGGCUGGUCAACCGGGACUCGGAUAGUCCAGCCGGACGGACCUCGAUGGGUCCGCCCGUCAUGCCUCAUUCCCAAUCUAUCUCGCGCAUGCCGCAAGCUGGUCCUGUUGCGCAUAGCAAGACUAUGAGCAGUACUGCUACGAUGGAGCGGAGCGGCGUCUCCGAGUUUGGAGCGGUUGGCGGCAUGCGCCCAGUCCCCUCGAACGAUCCUCAGCGGUCUCGCCUCCUAGCUCCCAUGUCUAUGCGUCACGAGCCGAAGCAGCGCAUGUUUGCCAAGCCCAUCGAGACGGCUGUCCGGAACGAUCGACCCUCCAACAUCCCUCCUUCUCGCCGGAACAUGCCCCUUGCAGCGCCUCGGCCGACCGCUACGGGCAUGACGAUCUCGGCCCAGAACAAGCGGUCCUCUCGAGACGUCGUCCCCGGGAUGUCGCGCACCAGCUCGAAAGAGUCUGGUCGAGAAUCCAGCUCAGACAACUCCAACCCAAACCUCAUCAAACCCAGCAAAUCCCUGCAUUCCAACCUCGUUGCCGUGCCUCCGCCGCUCGGAACGCGGAUCCCAUCCAGCUCAUCCGUCGGCGCUCCGGGCCUGAGCUACCGGAAAACAAGUCUCGUCAGUGAUAGCCCGGCGGACAGUCCUGCGGAUGAUGAGGAGACCUUGGCGGACGCGGAGAUGAUGGCGUAUGUCGAACGGAGGAAGGCGAGAGUGGCGGCUGGGAGCAAGAAGGAUGAUCUGGCAGAUGUCGAAGAGUUCCCGGAUGACAUACAGCCAGCGGAGCCUCAAUCCCAACGAGCGUUCAUCUCGAAGAACCUUUCUUCAUUGUCAGACUUUGAGCGGAAAGAGGUACUCGACUACGACCGGAUCUAUUACGCUCCCUCCAAGCGGAUCGUCCGAGAACCUCAGAAUGGCGCGAUCUACAAUCACGGGUACGACGACGAGCGGGGCGACUACCUCGUCGUGGACGGCGAUCACAUGUGUUAUCGAUACGAAGUGAUCAAGAUUCUCGGGAAGGGGAGCUUUGGACAGGUUGCGCAGUGCCGAGAUCACAUGACGGGCGGAAGUGUCGCGGUGAAGAUCAUCAGGAACAAGAAGCGGUUCCACUCGCAAGCUUUGGUGGAGGUCAAGAUCCUUGGGCAGCUUGUGGAUUGGGAUCCUGAAGACAAACAUCACAUGGUCCGGAUGACCGACCACUUCUACUUCCGCUCUCAUCUCUGCAUUGUCACCGAACUCCUCAGUAUCAAUCUGUACGAGCUCAUCAAGGCAAAUCAAUUCGCUGGGUUCUCGACGACGGUCAUCAGGCGAUUUACGACACAGAUGCUGGCGAGUAUGCAAUUGAUGCGGAGUCAUCGGAUCGUACAUUGUGACCUGAAGCCAGAGAAUAUCCUGCUCAUGCACCCAUGCAAGGCUGGGAUCAAGGUCAUUGACUUUGGUAGUAGUUGUCACGAGACUGAAAAGGUGUACACCUAUAUCCAGUCUCGGUUCUACCGAAGUCCGGAAGUCAUUCUGGGGAUGAAUUACGCUAUGGCAAUUGAUAUGUGGAGUCUAGGCUGUAUCCUUGCCGAGCUCUACACUGGCGUUCCCAUCUUCCCGGGCGAGAAUGAGCAUGAGCAGCUGGCGUGCAUCAUGGAGGUGCUCGGCGUUCCAGACAAGGAUAUCGUCAAUCGCGCCCAGAGGAAGAAGCUCUUCUUCGAUGCUACUGGCGCGCCUCGUCCCUUCGUCAGUGCCAAGGGCAAGCGCCGCCGUCCUUCCUCUCGCACCCUCGCCCAAGUCCUCAAGAGCAAAGACGAGCUCUUUGUCGACUUCAUCUCAAAGUGCCUCACCUGGGACCCGGAUCGCCGACUCAAGCCUCAGCCCGCCAUGCGUCAUCCUUGGAUCUUGCAGGGGAAACGCAGGUACGCUCCUGCCCCACCCGUCACGAUGCCGAGUCGCGGAUCGGAGUCGAGCAACUACCCAGCGCCACCUCGGACUACACUUGCGACCUCGCAGACCAAAUCGAACGAGAAGAAACAGCUCGUGAUCUCGCCGCCUACGCCGCUGGUGGCUCGGGUAGCACAGGUGCCUGCUUCGGCACCCCGCGCGGGAGGUGCGCCGAGCAGCUCGAGGUUGCCACAGUCCGUCUCGCAUAGGAAUAGCGCGUACAUGGUGAGCUUCUUCGGAGUAUUGCGGGAUGGCGAAGCUGAUAGAAGCAGAGCUCUACUAAGGUUGGGUAUUAGGGUCUCUCUCGGAAAUGUUGCAAGGAGAAGGGAGAGAGGGGGAGAUGUCUAUAAUCAUACGGCUUAUUAA